UUCGUGGGUGAGCGAAUAACUUGUGUCGGUUUGGAAGCUCAAACGAAGCAUCCCACCGUCCCUACCCACUGUCAAUCCUCAUCUCUUCUCUUCUCCAGUACUUCUCUAGCUCUGCGCUCGAGGAGGAAGAAGAAAGGUUGAAGGAGGCACAGGAAGAAGAGGUGAGCGAUCAGAGAUUAGAAGGAAGCUAGGGAUGGGGAACUGUGUGUUUCGUGGGGUAGGGGAAGUGGAAGGGGUGAUCAAAGUGGUGACAUCAAGCGGUGGAAUCAUGGAGCUCUACGCACCUUUAACCGCAGAGUUCAUCACCAAUGAAUUCCCAGGCCACGGCAUAUUCCGAAGCCACGAUCUCUUCUCUCAGCCACUCAUCCACAACGAGGAGCUACUUGUUGGACAACUGUAUUACCUUCUUCCACUCAGCAUAACGACCCGUAGAAGAGAAAUAUUCCCCAGCGGUAUCAGAACCACCACCACCUGCGUCUCCUCCUCCUCCGUCGUAACGCCGCCGUAUCGGAUGUCAUUCGACAGCCAAGGAAUACUGAAGAGGUCCGAGAAGAGAGAGGUGAUGCCGAGACAACAAAACAAUAUCAACUACAGCACAGGAGUGUGGAAGGUGAAACUGGUGAUAAGCCCAGAACAACUAGCGGAGAUAUUGUCCCAAGAGACACGCACGGAGGCGUUGAUAGAGAGUGUUAGAACGGUGGCUAAGUGUGGGAAUGGAGCUGCAGUCUCAUCUGCAUCUAAUUCUGAUCAGUGGAGCAUCUCCAGUAGUUGGAAGGCUUCCUUCGACAGGCAUGGCUUCCUUGACUUCUAGCUACCUAAACCUCUCCAAACUCCAAUUAAACCUAACAAAACUCUCCAACCCUUGUGAGGAUUUCGAUUCUUUCUUUUUCCAAGUUUGUUCUCUUUCAGUCUUGAGUUCUCUCCUCCGCAGUAGUGAUAGCAUUGUGGUAUGUAUUGUAGAGUAAAAGAGUUUCCAAUUGUAGAAACCAUAGAAUGGCAAUCUUAAUUUGUUAACGAGUGUAGAUGGAUUAAUACAUUUAGACAGCUUCAUGUUGA